AUGAAUGCAAGCAUGACAUGGCUUCAAUUAAAUUGUUUUUUUCUGCAGCAAAUUUCCAAAACAGUAGGAAAAAACUUCAAUAAAAAAUUUAAAGCCAUGGAUACAGUGCUUGCUAGAGCAUCAAAGUUUAGUGCUUGCUUGUCUAUAGAACAAAAACACAAACAGCUAAUUGGAAAUAUAAAGCCAGACUCAAAAGUCAGAAUAAACAGCUUUAAAGUGAAUAGAAAAAUUUGUUUCUCAAAAAUCAUAGGAAAAAGCUUAACUGCAAAAAAACAGUAUGAAAGCCUUCCAAUAAAUUUUAAAUGAAGUUUUUUUGAAGGCGGAAAAAAACUUCAAUUGGUUAAAAAUAGGCGUAAAAAACUUCUAUAA